UCGUGGAGACCACUUGGACGUCACCGUGUCCAGCUCCAAUACACCUUUCCCGCUCCACGAGAAGCACGCGGGACAGUUGCUCAGCAACUCUGACGCAAGCGUGACGUUAUUGAAGUGUGUUUUAGUUUAUUAUGGCAGGAGAAGAUUUCCAGCCGAGUUUGAGUUACAGAGGUUGUGUGAAUUAUUGCAUACCAGACUGAUCCCCCGUUAUCAAAAUAUGAGGAACAAAUCGUCUGUGCGCACUUCUUAGGAAAGUAGCCUGGGUGCGCUCAUUGUUCUAGAACGGUGGAGGAUUCCAACAACACAGGUGGAUGUAUUGAACUGUAGGUUUUCUGUGAAGGAGUGACCUAAUAACGGUAGCCUAAUCCUGGGAAGUGGACAAUAGAUUUAUCCGGUCACUGGGGUGCCUCUGCACAAUGGUGGUUUUAUCAGAUGGCUCUCCUCCGUGCCCUGGGGGGCCGGUUCAGGUCGGUUUCUACGAGAUCAUCAGGACGCUGGGGAAGGGAAACUUCGCCGUGGUUAAACUGGCUUGUCACAAAGUCACAAAAACCCAGGUGGCCAUUAAAAUCAUUGAUAAGAAAAGACUGGAGCCCUCUGACCUGAAGAAGAUUUACAGAGAGGUCGAGGUGAUGAAGCUCCUUAACCAUCCUCACAUUAUCAAGCUCUAUCAGGUCAUGGAAACUAAGGACAUGUUGUACAUGGUGAUGGAGUAUGCCAGGAACGGAGAGAUGUUUGACUACUUGUCAUCGUCGGGGCGGCUGUGUGAGAGCGAGGCUCGCAGGAAGUUCUGGCAGAUCCUGUCAGCGGUGGACUACUGCCACAGCAACCACAUCGUCCACAGAGACCUGAAGGCUGAGAACCUUCUGCUGGACUCCAACAUGGACAUCAAAGUAGCAGACUUUGGUUUUGGGAACUUCUUCAGUGAAGGAGAAUUUCUGUCCACCUGGUGUGGGUCCCCGCCCUACGCCGCUCCAGAGGUGUUUGAGGGGAUUGAGUACGAGGGGCCACCUCUAGACAUCUGGAGUCUGGGGGUGGUGCUGUACGUGUUGGUGUGUGGCGUCCUGCCCUUUGAUGGCCCCUCCCUCCCCGCACUCAGACAGAGGGUCCGGGAGGGACGCUUUAGAAUCCCCUUCUACAUGUCCCAAGACUGUGAGAACCUGGUGCGGAGGAUGUUGGUAAUUGACCCGGCCAAACGCAUCACGGUGGCCCGGAUCAAGAAGCACCGCUGGAUGAAGGCGGACCCCCCGGUCACGGCAGCCCCUCCAGAGACGCCCCAGCAGACCCCUGCCCUGGCCCCUGAAGCAGAGCCCUGUCUGGGGGAGAAUUACAGCGAGCCGGUCCUUGGCCUCAUGCAGACCCUGGGCAUCGACCGGCAGAGGACCAUUGAGUCUCUUCAGAGCAGCAGCUACAACCACUUCUCUGCUAUCUACCGUCUCAUGCUGGAGAAGGUGAAAGAGCUGCGCUCCCUCAGACUGCCCCCGAGCACCGAACAGGUGGGCCUGACCCCCAAUCCUGACCCCGGCACUCUGCUACCGACCUGCAUCAGUGAGAAGGAUCACCAUGGAAACCAGGGGGAGGAGCCACAGGAAGAGGAGCUGCAAGAGGAGGGAGGUGCAGCACUCCUCUCCUUAGACCCCUCCCUCAGACACACUCUGGCUGAGGUCUCUGCCAGCCUCCAGCAGUGCAGCCCACCUUGUAUUGUGGUAAACUCAUCCGACCAAGCUUCCUCAGAUAGUUUAUCCUCUUCCUCCUCUUCGUCCUCUGCCAGUCCCAGCCUGUCCAGCCCUAUUGAGGACCCCUAUAUGUUACUGGUCACUACUGUGGUUGGCCCUGGGACCUAUAUUCCAACAGAGUCCCCCCUGACCCAGUCCUCUACCCUGCCCAGCACUGUUGACGACCCCUAUCAGUUACUGGUCACUACCGGUCAUCUGGCCCUGGCCCUGUCGUCCACCCUGCAGCCCCCUCCGCAGGACAGCCUCCCUGUACCCAGCUUCCAGGAGGUCCACCGAUCCUCCGACAUGGACACCGGCGCUCUAACACAAGGUCUGAGGGUGUUCCGCCAGCAGUUGAGGAGGGAUGCCAGCGCCAAGGGCCUGCUGGGACUGAACAAGAUGAAGGGCCCCAGGGUCCGGCCCGGGUGGUCCCGCCCUGCCUCUGGCCCUGCACCCUGCCCUGCACCCUGCCCCCCUGCCUGGGGGGGCCAAGGCCUGUCCCACUGUGUCCCCACCACACCACUGUCAGAGGACAGCUUCCAGCAGCAGAAAGUGAUCCAGAUUCCACUGUACCAAUUCCGCCCGACCACACCUCUUUCUCUCCGCCACCCCACCUCUUCCUCCCCGUCACCACACCUCUUCCUGUCUCCUCCCGUCCCUCCUAACGUUCCCGCUCCUCCUCGUCCUCCCAUUGGCCUGCUCUCCACACACACACUGUCACAUGACUUCCUCACACACUCCCUUCAACAGACCCACUCGCCACACCCACAACCACAACUACACCCAUACCCACGACUACACUCACAACCACACCCACAACUACACCCACAGCCACAACUACACCCACAGCCACAACUACAACCACACUCACAACUACACCCACACUCACAACUACACCCACAACUACACCCACACUCACAACUACACCCACAACUACAGCCACAACUACACCCACACUCACAACUACACCCACAGCCACAACUACACCCACAACUACAUCCACAGCCACAACUGCACCCACAGCUACACCAAAAGACACACCCACUGUCCUACCUAUCUCUAUGCUCGGAGCAACCAUUAGACUUAUCCCCUUCCUCCUCCCCUUCCUCCUCCUCUUCCUCCUUCUCUUCUUCAGCCAUGGUGGCGUCGGCUGCCCACCUCUUGGAGACCCAUCUCCAUAUCAGCUCUCCUCGGGUUGAGAACCACAGCCCACCCUUCUCUGACCUUCCUCGCCUCCCUGUUCAGCCCCAGUACCCCCACCCGAACCACCAGUCUCAGCUACUGCACCCCCACCUCCACCCAUACAACCACCCAGACCCCCAGUCGCAGCUACUGCACCCCCACUCCCACCCCUACAACCACCCAGACCCCCAGUUGCAGCUACUGCACCCCCACUCCCACCCCCACAACCACCCAGACCCCCAGUCUCAGCUACUGCACCCCCACUCCCACCCCUACAACCACCCAGACCCCCAGUCGCAGCUACUGCACCCCCACUCCCACCCCCACAACCACCCAGACCCCCAGUCUCAGCUACUGCACCCCCACUCCCACCCCCACAACCACCCAGACCCCCAGUCUCAGCUACUGCACCCCCACUCCCACCCCCACAACCACCCAGACCCCCAGUCUCAGCUACUGCACCCCCACUCCCACCCCCACAACCACCCAGACCCCCAGUCUCAGCUACUGCACCCCCCACCCCACUCCCACCACCACACCCACCCAGACCCCCAGUCUCAGCUACUGCACCCCCACUCCAACCCCCACAACCACCCAGACCCCCAGUCUCAGCUGCUGCAAUCCUACCCCCACAACCACCCAGACCCCCAGUCUCAGCUACUGCACCACCAUCCCCACAACCACCCAGACCCCCAGUCUCAGCCUCAGUUACUGCAUUCCCACUCUGACCCCCAGCCUCAGCCUCAGUCAAGACCCUGGGCCAACCACCUCCUCUAUACCCCCUCCCAGACCUCCAGGCGGCCCCAGCUCCAACGCCAGCCACGUCUGCCUCCAUGCCUAGUAGGGAGAAUGGAGCCUGGGUACGGCCUGUAG